AAUAAUUAAAUGUUAAUUACCUAAACUAUUUCAGUCAUGACUUUCUAAUUAACAUUCUCGCAUUGCGGAGGGUCCUUUCAGUCAAUGACAACACCCUAUGCCGGCCAACUGACAAUCAGCUGCCAGAACCGAAACAACUGACGGGUUGAAGUGGCAGAGGUUAUGGGAUUCCGCGGUGUGUAGGAAAAAUAAGUCGUAGAGUCUGUCGCAAGGGAAACCGGAGUCUCGCGGGAGCUUUACGAUGGCCUCGGUUCUCAUCCGAGGGUUAAGGAUGGGAUUUCAUCGCUUGGAUGGCAGGCUGGCGACUAUCAGCAUUCGACCUUAUUCAACGGAUUCAACGAAAGACAGCAAGGUGAGCAAGUAUUCCCCUGAAGCGUUGAAGAAGGACGUUCGCGGUUACGUCUUCACCAGAUACGUUGACCAUGUCAAAAACUACGAUAAAGGCCUGCAGAAGAAUUUCCCAUCGGCCUUAAGAGUGUAUCGAGUGUUUGUUGACGGAGUCGCAGCUUUCUACCAGGACAUGAAACGAUACAUCAAAAUAACAAGGAUAAUCAAUGGGUCAGCACAGGGGCUAGCAGCUUUGACGAGGGGCGAGUUGGAAUUGUAUUUACAAAUGAGGCUGGACAUGUAUAAAGUCGCUCCGGUGAUUUUGUUUUCCUCCUUGCCGUUCGUCGGAUACGCUGCCCUCCCAUUAGCAGCUUUGUACCCACGAGCAUUACUAUCAUCACAUUUCUGGACCCUUCAGCAGAAGGCCGAAUUCCAACAAUAUUAUCUCAUUCAGCGUUUGUCGAACAACAGGAACGUCCUGCGAAGCCUUCAAUCCAAACUCGAAGAGGCAAAGUGUCUAAAAUAUUACGAAGUGUGGAAUCACAUAAUUGUUCUUCUGGGGAGCGGACAACACCCUUCACCCAAUGAGAUCCUUUCGAUUAAAGACUUAUUCGCUGAAUCGCCGUAUCAGUUCAGCAGCUUGACGCAGACACACAUUAAAUAUCUUUGUAACAUUCAUGGAAUUCGUGCCGGAUUGUUCGCCAUAUUCGGUCGAGAGAAGCUACGCGAACGCGCCGAUCUACUGCAUCACAUGGACUUGGCCAUCAGGCGUGAAGGAGGAGUCCACAACAUGCAUCCAGACGCCCUGAAGAAAGCGUGUUAUAUACGUGGAUUGAACCCAAUAAACAUGAGCAGUGAUGGCAUGAUUGAGUGGCUCCAGGGCUGGGUCGAAGUGUCCUUAGACUUAGAAGAGCAACACAACAGCCUUUUACUACAUUUACCUAUUUUGCUUGGAUACAACCAUCCAAACAAUUGGCAAUUAAUUUAUAAAAAGCAUUAGUUUCUCAUCGGAUCCUCGCCAGUCAUAUUGCCAUGAGUUUUCUCAUGUUGUCUCUAGUCUAGAAGAAAAUUGUUUUAAUUUACCCUAAAUUAUUGGAGAGAUUCGAGAUGACAGAUUGAUUAGUUAAUUUAAAUUGUAGAUUAUCAUUGUACUUUUUAUAGGAGCGAAAUUGGAAUGAAAUCGUCAUAUUUCAUGUAUGUUCAUCUUAAUGUGUAAGGAAGCAAAGGACGUGAUAUGUAUCUAUAAAUCAAUCAAAAGACAUAAA